UGCAGCUGGUCUUUUUCGAUAAGCAAAUCUGAAACAUGUGGGAACCUCUCUCCGAUAUAUUAUUUUUUUAAAAAAUCAUACACAUUAAGGGACUAACCAUGUACUGAAAAGAAUUUCUGUACGUCGACAUAGAUGCAAAUGGUUCAACAGAUCGAACAAGAUGAGUCUCCGAAAGCAGACCCCCAGUGACUUCCUCAAGCAGAUCAUCGGUAGACCGGUAGUCGUCAAACUGAACUCUGGUGUGGAUUACAGAGGUGUUCUGGCAUGUCUGGAUGGCUACAUGAACAUCGCUGUGGAGCAGACGGAGGAGUAUGUCAAUGGACAACUGAAGAACAAAUAUGGGGAUGCGUUUCUGAGGGGAAACAAUGUGUUAUACAUCAGCACCCAGAAGAGGAAGAUGUGAUGAAUAAACCCCAUUUUUAGUUUUGUUAUUUUUUGAAGAACCUUUGUUUAAGUAGAUGUGUUUGUGUUUGUAAUGCCUGUUAUCUUUUCUGGACAGGACAUUUUUGUAUGGGCGGAGUGAUUUGAAUAAAUGUGUUUUUGUUUCAUUCCCUGGAAAAAUCUGUUUUUACUGGGCAUGCGAUAUGUAAGUGUUUCUACAUCAAUGGGUAAUUUUCACUGCGUUAAAGACCCAUGUCAGUAGUGUUCUCCAGACCACUCAUGUAGUCAGCAUGCAUAUGCGUCCUUGCUUUGUAGUUUCCCCAGCAUGGUUUAGUUUCAGUUGCAUGGCCUAGGA